AUGCAUGCAGCACAGCUGAACCCAGAUAGACACAGAAAUAGAGCUACUGCCGUCGGCAUUCAAGAGGACUUCGCGUCUGUGCCACCUAGCCGUGGACGACCAAGUCCUCGCUCGAGGUUGAGAUCAAACCGACAAGGCUCAGAAGAGGAAGAAGAAGAAGAAGCGGACAGUGCACCUCCCAGGCAACAAGAAAAUGGCGCCGGUAUCAAGUCGCCGGUGGACCAUCCCCAUCCGCGCUCCAACUCGGCGAGAAUCAACCUUGUAUCGCCACAACUCCUGACCGACGACUUCAGCUAUUGGGUUAGUAUCGCAGAAGGCCAUUCUUUGCCGGACACGAACGGGCGCAAUCGAGAGUCGGACGGAGGUGUGGAUCUCAGGCCUUCACUUGUUCCUUCUGACCAUGCGAUUGCCAAUAUCAGACCCAGUAUACAACGAGUUACAGAGCAUCUGGCAACGCCCUCCCCUGCUUCUCCUCAGGUACUUGCUGAAGUGCACCAGACCUCUCCGCAACGCAGCAUACUAGCUUCUCCCAGCAGAACCCAAAGGCUGGAGGCUGACGGACCUGACGUCUCAGCCAUCUUCAAGUUCGAGCGACAUUCAUCAAACCUAGCCAACCGUGCUGGUCGUUUGUUGGCCAUGGAUGAAGGACAACCUCGUUUCUACGGUGCAGCCAGCAGCCUUUCUUUGGCCCCAAAUGGGAACUUCCCUUUAUUUACGCCAUUGAUCCGGACGGUCCGUGUCCAUGGCGCUACUGCCCUGGAACAAAAUGGCCUUGCGUGGCCCGGAGACGUCCGCUAUGAGAGCUACCUCCUGGCACAGUUUUUCAGAUAUCACAACCCGUAUCUCCAAGAGGUAGAUAAAGGCACUUUCUUCAUGGAGAAAGCAAAGUAUGACCAGGGACAAAAGAGCCAUUUAUACUCGCCAACUCUUUACAGUGCAAUGUGCGUAUAA